GUCUGACCGACACAUAUCAUUGGUUUCUAUGCCGUUUCUAGGAAGUGAACGCCACCAUUCUAAUCACCUCCCACAUGUGAUCUCCAGACUGUAGCACCACGCGCAGCGUGCGAGGGAGAGAAACCGGUCGGGAAAGCAACGUCAUUCCUCUGACUAUCGACUCGACAUAACGCAGCCGAUAGAGAACGGAGUGGAGCGGCGUUGUCCGUGGCAGGUAAAGUAACGGUUCCUAUUUUCCCUGACAGAUCACGCGUCCGGAAAUCUAUGCGUUAGUUCCUUCGCGGAUUUUGGAGUAAUGUUGAGAAAGUAGGUCGUAUUAGAUAAGAACGGAGUGUGCGCUGGGGCCUAGUAGACAGCAGGCCCGGUCGCUCUCCACGUUCUGUUCAAAUAGCAGAAGGCGGACUACAGCUCUACCCUUACAGUUUGUCCAGCUGCCCAGCUCUGGUCAGGUGUAGUAGCGGACACCGCGCGGGGGGUUUGAGCAGGUGCUGAAGCGAUUACAGCAGAAAGAUGGCGGACGACCCCAGCGCGGCGGACAGGAACGUGGAGAUAUGGAAAAUCAAGAAACUGAUCAAAAGUUUAGAAGCUGCACGCGGUAAUGGCACCAGUAUGAUCUCACUGAUCAUCCCACCCAAGGACCAGAUAUCUAGAGUGGCCAAGAUGUUAGCCGAUGAGUUUGGCACAGCGUCCAACAUCAAGAGUCGAGUCAACAGGCUUUCUGUACUUGGGGCCAUCACUUCUGUACAGCAAAGACUAAAACUCUACAACAAAGUGCCACCCAAUGGUUUAGUUGUGUAUUGUGGCACAAUUGUGACAGAAGAAGGCAAGGAGAAAAAAGUCAAUAUAGACUUUGAACCUUUUAAGCCAAUCAACACCUCUCUUUACCUCUGUGACAACAAGUUCCACACUGAGGCAUUGACGGCCCUUCUUUCUGACGACAGCAAGUUUGGCUUUAUUGUGAUUGACGGUAGUGGAGCUCUGUUUGGCACACUGCAAGGCAACACCCGGGAGGUGCUGCACAAGUUCACUGUGGACCUACCCAAAAAGCACGGCAGAGGAGGACAGUCUGCGCUGCGUUUCGCUCGUCUACGAAUGGAGAAAAGACAUAACUAUGUGAGAAAAGUGGCUGAGACCGCCGUCCAGCUCUUUGUGUCCAACGAUAAAGUAAACGUGGCAGGAAUGGUCCUCGCUGGUUCUGCUGACUUCAAAACCGAACUUAGCCAGUCGGACAUGUUUGACCCAAGAUUACAGGCCAAAGUUCUGAAGCUUGUUGACAUCUCUUAUGGAGGAGAGAAUGGUUUCAACCAGGCCAUUGAGCUCUCAGCAGAGGUUCUCUCAAAUGUCAAGUUUAUCCAAGAGAAGAAACUCAUAGGGCGGUACUUUGAUGAGAUCAGUCAGGACACGGGGAAGUAUUGCUUCGGAGUGGAGGACACACUCAAAGCACUGGAAAUGGGAGCCGUGGAGAUCCUCAUUGUUUAUGAGAAUUUAGACACCAUGCGUUAUGUUCUUCGUGUGCAUGGAGCGGAGAGCAACGGGGCAGAAAAUGAUGAGAAAACUCUGUAUUUGACGCCAGAGCAGGAGAAGGACAAGUCUCACUUCACAGAUAAGGAAACAGGACAGGAGCAUGAGCUGAUUGAGAGCAUGCCCCUGCUGGAGUGGUUCGCAAACAACUACAAGAAGUUUGGAGCCACGCUUGAAAUAGUGACUGACAAGAGCCAGGAAGGGUCCCAAUUUGUCAAGGGCUUUGGAGGCAUUGGGGGUAUCUUGCGGUACAGGGUGGAUUUCCAGGGCAUGGAAUACCAAGGAGAGGACGAUGAGUUCUUUGAUUUGGAUGACUACUAGGUAGUCUUGGACUGAUAUUUAGAGGGAAAAAAAGAAAAGAAUUAAAGAAAGAAGAAGAAAAAACGCCACCUCUCUUGCAGCAAGUGAGAGGGGUUCCAGUGUUGACGAUAUUAACGACAGACACACCUUCCAAUUUACCUGUUGCAUACACAAAUUUGCAAAUACAUCUGUACACAAAACAAAAUGCAUUACACAGGUUGGAGAGGAGUGAGAUCUUUCAUCCAGAAAGGAAGAAGGCCCUUCCUGAAUAAAUCCCUGCCUUAGAUUGCUGGAUCCUUCCCCUAGUUGGAUUGGACUCUUCUCAUUUUGGUUGUUUUUUCCCCCUUGCCUUCCCACCAUUUUAAACACAACAGCAAGUUCCCAGAUUCCUCGCUGUCUCCAACCCAGUCUGAAGAAUAACUUUGGACUUGCUCUUCACGUACAGAAAAUAUAUUUUCCUUUCUUGCCUCAUAUCCCCACCCUCUUUCUCUUUCGCCCUGUUAUGUUCGGUUUUUUUUUUUUUUUUUUUGCAUUUCAUUUUUUUACUGGUAACUGCUGCUGUUGCAUUUUAUGAGAGUGGGGGAUUUUUUUUACCUGGGUUUCUGUAGAGAAAGGGGGACAAAGUAUUAAAUUUGAACUGCUAAAAACCAUUGCUAUGUCCUCGCAAGCUGUGGUCUCAAGUUUUGUGCUGCUGAUCAACAGUUUUCUGGUGUUUUACCAUCAACAAAAGUGAAAUCUGUUUAAAAAUAUGUCUUGGUGGCUACAAUGUUUCUUCAACCACAUCAUAAGGGGAAAAGAAAGCAAGCCGCUUAUCAAUACCAGCAUUUAUUUGAAAGCUUUCAUUCAAUAAUCAAUACCAUUGUGUCCCGACUGCAAGGUUGCAUCUAUUUUCUGUGCAUGCCUUGAGGUGAGGUAUUCUUUGGAUUGAUGGGCAGUACACGAAAAUCAACUAUGCAC